CAAGAAGGAGAAAGGUGAUGUAUGAAUAGAAGUAAUAGUAGAAAAUUAGCGUUUGUUUAGAGUUUGACGUUUCUUCGUAUCUGUGAAGCCAAAAUCAUGAACACCUCACUGACUGCAAAGGAAGUUCGGAAAGCAUUUAUUGACUUCUUUAUUCAAAAGCAACAUGAAUAUGUGCAUUCGUCAUCAACAAUACCACUUGAUGAUCCAACACUACUUUUUGCCAAUGCUGGCAUGAAUCAGUUUAAGCCCAUUUUCCUGGGUACUGUUGAUCCAAAUAGUGAUAUGGCGAAAUGGGUAAGAACUGUUAACACCCAGAAAUGCAUCCGAGCUGGUGGCAAGCAUAAUGACCUGGAUGAUGUUGGGAAGGAUGUGUACCACCACACAUUUUUUGAAAUGUUGGGAAACUGGUCUUUUGGAGACUACUUUAAGAAAGAAAUUUGUGCAUGGGCUUGGGAGCUUCUCACUCAAGUAUUCAAACUUCCUUCUGACCGUCUGUAUGUAACAUACUUUGGCGGUGACAGAGCAGCUGGUCUAGAACCAGAUGAAGAAUGCAGAGAAAUUUGGAUCAACUUAGGCCUUGCACCUUCUCAUAUAUUACCUGGCAGCAUGAAAGACAAUUUUUGGGAAAUGGGAGAGACUGGACCUUGUGGGCCUUGUUCAGAACUUCAUUUUGAUCGAAUUGGUGGGCGUAAUGCAGCUCACCUAGUGAAUGAAGAUGACCCUGAUGUACUAGAAAUUUGGAAUCUUGUUUUUAUCCAGUUUAAUAGAGAAUCAGAUGGUAGUUUGAAGUCACUUCCCAAGAAGCAUAUUGACUGCGGAAUGGGGCUGGAACGCCUGGUUUCUGUUAUCCAAGAGAAACGUUCUAACUAUGAUACAGAUCUCUUCAUGCCUCUCUUUGCUGCAAUUCAGAAAGGUACAGGAGUACCACCAUACAAAGGUCAUGUUGGUGAAGAUGAUGUGGAUGGCGUGGACAUGGCUUAUCGCGUGUUGGCGGACCAUGCUCGAACUCUGACCAUAGCUUUGUCUGAUGGAGGACAUCCUGAUAACACUGGCCGAGGCUAUGUCUUAAGGCGCAUUCUGCGACGAGCUGUCAGAUAUGCAACUGAGAAGCUGAAUGCUAAGCCUGGUUUCUUUGCAACUCUUGUUAACACAGUUGUGGAGAUUCUAGGGGAUACAUUCCCAGAGGUUAAGAAAGAUCCACAGAGUGUUAUAGAUUUGAUCAAUGAAGAAGAAACACAGUUCCUUAAAACUUUGACUCGAGGUCAUAACUUGCUGAACCGAACCAUUAUGAAGCUGGGAAAUUCUAAAACUCUUCCAGGUGAUGUGGCAUGGAGAUUGUAUGAUACGUAUGGGUUCCCAGUUGAUUUAACACAGCUGAUGUCUGAGGAGAAGGGUCUUACUGUUGACAUGGAUGCAUAUGAGGAAGCAAAGAAACAAGCCCAGAUUUUAUCACAAGGGAGAGGAGGAUGGUAUGAUGAUAAAAUUAUCUUGGAUAUCCAUGCCAUCACUGAGCUUCGUGAUCAGAAUGUCCCUCUGACAGAUGAUUCACCAAAGUACAAUUACCAUGCCAAAUCUGAAGAUAAGGAUGCAGAGUAUGAGUUUGAUGGUUGUAUUGCCAAGGUGUUAAGACUGCGGCAUUCCAAGAAGUUUGUGGACCAUGUGACUUCUGGGCAGGAGUGUGGAGUUCUGCUGGACAAGACUUCUUUCUACGCAGAGCAGGGCGGGCAGAUUUAUGAUGAAGGCUUCUUAGUCAAAGUUGGAGAUGAGAAUGUAGAAUUCUCUGUAAAGAAUGUACAGAUAAGAGGUGGAUAUAUACUACAUAUUGGUACAGUAGAAGGGAUACUUUGUGAAGGAGAUGAGGUGUCAUUACACCUCGACACAUCUCGGAGACGCCUAGUGAUGAACAACCACACAGGAACUCAUGUGUUGAAUUUUGCUUUGCGAACUGUGUUGGGGACAGAGGCAGAUCAAAAAGGUUCCCUUGUAGCACCUGACAGACUACGUUUUGACUUCACAAACAAGGGUGCAAUGUCUGUUGAGCAAGUAAAGGCUACAGAAGUUCAUUCCAAUGCUGUGAUAGAUAAAAAUGAACCUGUAUAUGCUAAAGAAGCUAGCUUGGCUGUUGCAAAAGCAAUCCAAGGCCUUCGUGCAGUAUUUGAAGAGACAUAUCCAGAUCCUGUCAGGGUGGUGUCUAUAGGAAUCCCUGUUGAAAAGCUGGAAGAGGACCCGUAUGGACCAGCAGGCAAUAAUACUUCAGUUGAAUUUUGUGGUGGAACACAUUUACAUCGUGCUGGCCAUGUUGGAAAAUUUGUUAUUGCAAGUGAAGAAGCAAUUGCCAAGGGAAUCAGAAGAAUUGUAGCCCUCACAGGACCUGAAGCUUCAAAGGCUUUGAAGAAGACAGAGCUGCUUGAAAACAAGUUGAACAAGUUUAUUUCAUUGCUGAACAGUGACGAUAGUGAAAUCAGCAAUAAGGACCUUGUGAAAAAGAUUGUCGAACUGACAGAUGAUGUCUCCCAUGCAACCAUACCGUACUGGAAGAAGGAGGAAAUGAGGACAAAUUUGAAGCAUCUGAAGAAGCAGUUAGAUGACAAGGAUCGUGCCAGCAAAGCUGAAGUUACUGCUAAAGUUUUAGAAGAAGUUAAGGCCCUCCUUGCUGGUAACCCCAAGGCACCAGUCAUUGUGCAAGAGCUGAAAGCUUAUUCUAAUGCAAAGGCUCUUGAUGGGGCUCUGAAGCAAGUAAAAGCAUUGUCUGCAGAAACAUCUGCUAUGUUCUUCAGUGUAGACUCAGAAGCAAAAAAGAUAGUGUGCCUUUCAGCAGUGCCUAAAAGUGCUGUGAACAGAGGACUGAAGGCCAAUGAGUGGGUACAACAAGUGUCAGGGCUUAUGCAAGGGAAGGGCGGAGGUAAGCCUGAGGCAGCCCAGGCGUCCGGGUCAAAUGUUUCUUGCCUGCAGGAGGCUCUUGGAAUUGCUGCACAGUUUGCAAAUGCUAAAUUAAAUAGCAGCAGCUGAAGUGACAAAUGAUCCUGUGUUACUUAGGCCAUCUAACUGUUAUGGAAACCAUUCAGGCUGGAAAGAAGUAAUGUGAUGACACAUUAGUGGCUAACAUUAGCUCAGGGACCAGGUGUACAUUUGUUUUAUAUAAUUUCCAUUCAAGGAAGUAGCCCUUGAAAUAUAAGUGUUCACAUUUACAAGUGAAGGUGUAUAAACAGUUCACAUAAUUAAAUUAAUUAUAUAUAAGAGAGCUGAUCAACUUCCUUACAUGUACACUGAAACCUGCAUUUAGGGUAUCUCUGUGAAGCAGUGGAUUUGAACACAACACUAAGGAAACCCCUAAAGGGAAAUCUAACACUAAAACUGUUGACUUGGGAUUACUGAAAUUGAAUGUUAAAUGAAAAGGAAAUUUGAACCACAAGAUCUCUAAAGGUGGGUUGUACUCUGUUUGACAUAGUUUUGGAUCUGUUUUUAUAUGUUUGCCAUGGUUCUCCCCUACCAUUAUCCCAGCCAAUACACACUCAACUAAACAGAUUCCUGUUGAAGAGUUCUGUCUACAAGGAUAUAAUGCUGAGUAAUCCAUUGAAACUCAAUUGGUGUGUCAGCAGAACAUAUUGCCUCCAUCUUCAGGGUUGAAUAAGCCAAGCAGGAAACCAGCAUGAAGCAGCUAGCAACCAGUGCU